GGGUGAUGUUUGUUGGCAUUGUUUCCACUAUAACUCCCCAUAUUCUUGGUAUUUUGGUGACUUAGUGCCACCCUAAUGUCUGCCAAAAUGGCAUUUUCUGUUUGAAGCUGCCCUGAGUGCAGUGGUACGAUGUUCCAAAGGCUGUCUAACAUGAUGCGAGGAUAUCAACAGCAGCCAGACCUGCCUGGGACACCACCCUCACCAAGCCACUCGAGUGAACCCAAGGAAGAGGAUGCUAGUGCCAGUUUCGAGGUGAACAGCACGGAGAGCGUGUGUCAGCGGAUGGUGGCUCUGCUGGAGCAGGGCACCAUGAGCGACGUCACGCUGCUGGUCGGCGCCGCCCAGUACCGCGUGCACAAGGUGGUGCUGUGUGCCUCCUCCGACGUCUUCCAGGUAAUGCUGUCAAGUCCCAACUUCAGCGACAGCCGUCAGUCGGAGGUGCGGCUGCAGGAGGAGCCGGCCGUGGCCGCCGUGUUCCCGGCCAUGCUGCGCUUCCUCUACUCGGGCCGCAUCACCAUCACCCACUCCAGCGUGCUGCCUACCCUGGUGCUGGCGGACAAGUACAACAUCAAGGACCUGAGUAAGGCGUGCAGUGAGUUUAUGUGUGAGCGGGUGGUGCUGGCCUCUCAGAGCGGCCUGCUCGUCUCCUGGCUCCAGUACGCCAUCACCUGCAACCAGAAGCCGCUCACAGAGGCAUGUGUGAAUUUUGUCAAGUGGAAUUUCGAGACGGUCGCAAUCAGUGAACAGUUUGCGGAUUUCGACGUCGAAGUUCUGCUCUUCUUUCUACAGCAAGAUGACCUGGUGGUCCAAGACGAAGUCACGCUGUACAGUCACGUGGUGCGGUGGCUGGAGGCGCAGGAGCGUUGCCAGCCGGCUGAGGUCAUGUCCGCCCUGGUCGAGGAGGUGAUGCUGCACGUGCGCUUCCCGAUGAUGACGCCGCGCCAGCUGGCCGAGCUGCUGCUGGUGCCCCUCACCAGCCGACACAAGGACUUCUUCGUCGAGCGGAUGGCGAUGGGCAUGUCGUUCCACUCAGGUCACUGGGAGCGGGUGCGGGAGCUGAUCCGCACCGGCCGGCCCGGUCAGCAGCUGUUCACUCCCCGUGUCUACACGGACGAACAGUGGUCGGCGUCUCUGGUGAUCGACAACUACAGCCGGCUGCCGCCCUACCUGACGCGCACGCUCGUCUUCCACUCUCCGGCGAGUCUGAGCGAGGCUGACCGGCGGCCGCCCGUCGAGUGGGUGGUGGACGUGUACCCGCGCGGCGUCUGGUUCAGGAAGUUCUACCUGAUCGUCUGGCAGGGCAUGACCGAGGUGCCCGAGCUGGUGCUGCGCACGGUGCGGCUCGCGUUCAUGCCCCGCUCGCUGGUGGACGGGCCGCUGCGGUUCCGGCUGGCCGUGCUCAUUGACGGCGUGACCAGCGGCGUGCACCACGUACGCACCGUGGCCACGCGCAGCUUCCUCUUCACCGAGGAGGAGCGGCUGGUGAACUUUGACGACCUGCUGUCGUUUGACGAGCUGAACGACUCGCGUGCACGCUCGCCCUACCUGCUCGGGAAGGACGGCGACGUGCUGAGACUGCGGGUCGUGGUGGUGCCGCUACACGACGUCUGUAAGACGGCCAGCUAGCGGAGCGGCGCCGCGGGACGGGCGGGGGGGGGGGAGGCACGGAGCGCGGCUCCGCCCCCAUGUGAUAUCGCGGUGUGUUGAUCUCGUAGGUCGGGGGCGGUGCCGUGCUCGGGGUAGUGGUGGCGUCUUGGUCGGGUGUUCGGUGCCUCUCAAUGUUUGUCGGAUUGUUCGGACGAGCCGCUGACUCUGUAAAGCUGCCGUCGCCGCCGGCGGAGUCUGCUACCACUGCCGGGAGGGGUUUGGUCGGCCAGUCUGCGGAAGUCUCCAGCGGCGUCACCCCACUGCCGGGCCGGAUCGGGCCCUGUUUAUUACCGUGCCAUUUAGCCAGAGGCUGCCUGCAACUGCCGUUACAGCUGCGGCGAGCGAGAUAGCUGCAAUUGUUCAGUGAGGCGAGGCAUUGGGGAGUUUGUCUCAGGGCGUCUAGUUUAGGAGUGUGCCAGUGUGCUGCCAGCGAAAAAUGAAGGCGUAGGGUCGUUACAGUCAACGGUGGCUCUUCACGCCACUGUGUUCGUGUUUUAUUCAUCGUUCGGUGAUUGUAGCUGAUCACAUCCACUCAAACUACUGCGUUUGAAAGCUACGGUCCUGAAUGGUCUGAAAGUUAGAAUCUUACUCUGAUGCGUGAUGGCAAACCUAGAGCAACUGUGUAUGCCUAGCAGUGCUUUAACAUCUUUUUUAUAACCCCGUCAGCACAGAAUCUGCCGUCUAACGACUGUCGUAAGACCAUAUAUUCCGUACCGUCAGUAACCAAACUUCAACUCACGACAGGAAUGUCACGUCUAGAACUGAUCCAUUUAAUGUCAUGCCGAUAGUGACAUAGCAUGUUCUAUCGUCUCAUUUUGUGUGAGACCUCAGCCUCUGCGACCCGUCAUUUUCGAUGUGGUCGAGACUGGGACGAUUUGACGAUCGGCGUUUGACGGACAGCUAGACGGCGGACUUGUGACAAGUAUUCUAUGCCGACGACGUGCCAGCCGGUGGUGUGUUGUUUAUGCUCAGUCUCGUAACACGUCCGGUGUUUAACAAUCUUAAUUGGUUAAUAGAUGGUCGUGUCUUAUGCAGGGUCGUGGUAGCGCUCAGUACCGGUCUAAUUACGGUAGUACGAAUGUACGCGGCUUCGUCUAAGAUACCGAAAGUAUCUCCACAGACAUUGUGGGAUGUGGCAUUAUAUUCUGGUCAAAUGUCAUAGACGUCAGACAACUGAAGCAUGCUGAGAUAAGUCAUUCCGUAUCUCUAUUCGUACUUGGGAAGACACAACGUACAAGCAAGGCUAAUGAUGAGUGAUAACACCGCGUGUCCCAUACCUAUCGCAGUGACUAUAAUGAUAACAGAGUGAUAGUGUUUUGUUUUGUGAUCACUGACUUCCGACAGUAAGUUAUCAAUUUGGGACAAUAAUAUCGCUCUGUAUUCUGACGUUCUGUGCAGACGGCGGGACACAGAAGACUUUUGGUACCUCGAUGGAUUGGUCGAUGCCUGCUCGAGCCAACCUGUGCUUGUCUCUGAUAAAGUGAAAUACAAAUGCAAAAGAAGG